AUCGCCAUCAUGAAAACAUUCGUCCGUCGUCGUCGUUAUCGUUACUCUCCUCCGUCCUUGCCUUUUCGCCUCAAAUAAUCCACGGGUCCCCGUACCCCAUCAUCAAACUCAAAAUAUCGAACGUCGUGACGACGACGGCGGCGAGUCCCCAAGUCACUAAUCGCCGCAGCCCCAGUUCGACCAUUUUUUGACGUUAAAAUUGUGACCAAACCCAACAGGGAAUUCGUUUUUUUUUUCGGAGUAACAAAAUAGACUCGAGUUGGUUAGAGCGUUUUCAAUUGAAAUUGUGUAUGUGUGACUUUGACGGAGUGAAGUGAGUCGCUCUCACGGGUGAUAUUAAUGUGUAUGUGUGUACCGUGGAGACGAGAGGAUACGAGUAGCGGGGAAAUCCUCAGCGCUGGUCAGAAAAUACGGACGUGAAUAAAACGAUAAUAAAUAAAUAGUGAAAGAUACAGCGGAAUUGUGACGGCGCUGAAGGGACUAGAGAGAAGGAUAGAACGGAAUCUGUGCAAUAUUUUUUCUCGCUCCUGGCCCAUUAACAACUCUCUGGUGUGUGUGUGUGUGUGAGUGAGUGUUUCAAUGUGUACUGGCGUGUUCCCUCUGCGAUACGGACACGGGAGCCCACUUAAAUGCCUGAGAGACACUCUUACUCCAUGUUGUGCAUCGGUUGCAACACGAUUGCGUGCUGGAAAAUAAACCCGUGGUGACAGCCAGUCGUGGAGGUAGGAUUGGCAGAAGGGCCGGGACAAGCCUUAACAAACUACCGUGAAUCGAGGUGACUGCGACUUCCCACUGUUUUUUUUUCUCAUGAAGCAGUGUUGUAUCUAGGAUAUUCCGCAUAAAAUAAUCGAAAAUAUCAAGUUAAAGCUUUGAAACGAAAGAUAAACAAAAAGACUCAAUUUCCAAGAUAUAUAUUGAGGGUUAAAAGAACAAAAAAAAACAAAUAUGGAGCGUGAGUCAAACCCUAUGCAAGCCCUGUGCCGCAGUGGCUGUGGAUUCUAUGGCUCACCGGCCACCGAUGGCCUCUGCUCUCUCUGCUACAAGGAGAAUCUUAAGAAGAAACAACAACCCCCAGUAUCGGCUGCCACUGUUUCAGCCUCACAGACCGUCUCUGGUAACGCUGGUACGUUGCAAAGCGGUUUCAGCAGUCCAGCAUCAACGGGGACUGCCCAGCCUACCAUUCCCACCAUACCACAGCCAACGACAGAUCUGCCUGGUCCCAAAGAGGUAAACAGGGACGAUCAGGACGGUGAAGUUGGAGCAAGUGGGGCGGCCGAGGGCUCGGUCAGCAGUGGUGACACCGAUGAUUGCUUUGAUGGCAAAGAGACUGACAAAGAUCCAAAAAAGAAGAAAAAUCGUUGUGCACUUUGUCGCAAGAAAGUAGGCUUAACUGGAUUUGAGUGCCGUUGUGGUGGACUCUUCUGCUCUGUGCAUCGAUACAGUGACAAGCACGACUGCAAGUUUGAUUACAGAGAAAUGGGCGCCCAAGAGAUACGGCGCAAUAAUCCAGUUGUUGUUGGUGAAAAAGUGCAAAAAAUUUGAACUAUUUUAGUGUGUAGUCGUUGGGAAAAAAAUGGUUAUAUAACUAUAUAAACAAAAACAAAAUAUUACGAAAAAAAAUGGAAAAAAAAUGACAAAAAACAUAUUAAAAAAAUGGAAAAAACACCGGAGAUAAGAGAAAAAAAGUAACAAUAACGAGAUAAAUUGUCUGGCAGCUGAUUGCACAUCGAGGAAUGGAGAAUGCAAGGGAAUCUAGUAAAAAAUAUGUGAAUAGUUGAGAAUAUGAAUGAAUGUAUGGAUGUGUCUGCUGAUGAAUGAGACCAAAAUGUCAAAGACAAAGAAAUGGGUUAUGCAAGAACGUGAAAAUUUUUUUUGACACGCCAGCGAGAGUCAUAAAAAUCGGAAUUUAAACAGAUAAAUAAGGAGAAAAAAAAAUUAUAAGAAAUUUAAUGUGUGCGAGUGUGAUGAUCAAACACGAGUGUCAGUGCCAUGUCAGAUUGUCAUCCUAGUGAGAGUUUCAACAGCCAAGAUGAGAGGAAAACAAAAUAAGAAAAAAAAAUAAUAUCUGGUUACUAACUGCUGUCAGCAUACUACUAUUACCUACUAUUAUCACUAUGAUUAUUACGGUUUAUUAUUCUUAUUAUAUUACGUUUAUUAAUUUACUUAAAUCUGCAAAAUUCGCUGGAUAAAAACCGAUGAAAAAAAAAACGAAAUAUUAAUAGCAAAAAAAAUUAUCAAUAAAUUUAUAUUUAAGUAGACGCGAAAUUCCUGGUGCAGUCAGUCAGUCGGAGAUUAAUCUUGUUUGGGAUAAACGAAUUGGGCGGGGUCGGGGGAGGGGGGGUGUGGGUUAUAAGUGUGACAGAGUCGAUUUUUGAUCCAGCCAAGAGAGCAAGAAGAGGGGGUCCGAUGCCUCCAACAACGGGCGAAAGAAAAUUAUGUUUUUUUUUCUUAAAUAUUAUUUUUCUUUUUAUCAAUAAUUAUCUUUUUUCUUUUUUGUUUCUAUAUAUAUUGAGAAAAGGGAGUGUUGUUUAGGCGAUGACUGACGUUGAUGGGUGAUCACAACUUCUAGGUUUAAUGAGUAGUCUAAUAAUUAUUAAGUAUAUUAGCCGAUUGAUUCAUAAAAAUAAUGCAAUGAAGUAUAAAGUAGUACUGUGUGUUUAUUGUCCAAUCUUCACGUUGAAUAUAACGAGCAUUAUUACUCAUUAAAGAAAAAAAAAACGUAAAAAAAAUUUAACACUGUUUGAGACAUUGGGUUGCGCGAAUUUCGUGGAUUUUCAUUAUUUUUUUUCUUCAGUGAUUAACGAAGAGAAAGGGGAUGAAGAUUGAUGAUUCUGUGGACCCUUCGCUUGCCAAAAAAGGGGGACAAUGCGAAGAGCUCUGUCCUCGUGGUACUGCUUGACUGGUAAUUAAUAAAAUCAGCUGGCAAUAUAUAUAUUUUUUGUUUCACCUCGAGGAUGUCCAGCUCUCGUGAUUGAUCAACUGGCGUCUGUGUUUUUCAAAUAGUGUCAAAAUAAAUUAACAAAUUUGUUUGAUUUGUUUCCUAGCUUUGGUUAUAUAGCAAUGACGAAUGGAGGAAAAUUGUAAAUGCGAUUUAAUCGAGAUGGGAAUACCCAGAGAUCCGCCCACGAUCAGCACUCUAGAAGUGAUACUGAAAAAUUAUAAAUACAGAGCUGCGUAUAUUCGGGUUGACGUCGUCACCAACUUCACAGAAGUGGAAAAAUAAUAAAGUGUUGAGAUAAACAGGAGAUAACCAUCGACUCGUUUCAGUUUAUUAUCAUCAAUUUAAUAUUAAUAUUGAAGAAAAUGAGUGAGACAAAUUGAGUAAAUAAACUACUUUGUAGGUAGCGAAAUAUUCCAUCAUAUUGAUGAGCCCUUUGAUGUUUCACUCGUGGACAGAAUCAAUGCGGAGAGAAAUGCGAAAAGCUUGUAUGACCUCUUGGCGAAUGCUCAUAGAGACCAUUUGAUAAUUCAUCAGGCGAUGAUGGGCUGUUGAGGGGAACUUCACUGCAAAAGCAAACUUUUCCGUUUUUUUAGGGCACAUUUUUUCAAGAGCUAUUUUUCGGACGAUUUCUUCCCAGGAAUUCGAUUUUACAGGUCAAAAUUGCGAGUUCAACUUGAAAAAAAACCGCACGUAUAGAUUUUUUAGUUUUUUUAAAAAUAUAAUUACGAAUUUUUGCUUCUUAAUAAGGAAAAUCGGGGAGAAAAUGCAUUUUGAAGUUUAUUUGUCAAAAAAAUGUCGUUUAUUUCAAGGGGUCGAUUUUGUUAUCAAAGAUUUUCUAUGAAUAUCGUCAUGAAUGAAGUUUACACGUAAUAUUUGAACAAAAAAUUUUUUCCAGAUAUUAAAAUGUUUAAUGAAUAAAUCAAUUUCAAAAUGCAUCUCCUCACCAAUUUUUCACAAUUAAGGAGCGAAAAUUCAUGUUCACAAAACUAUGUCAAAAAUUUAUACUUUGAGAAUUUUGACAAGUUCAAUUUUUCGGUUACAAAAAGUAAAAACAUCUAAUUGUAAGAUUUUUCCGGAGAAAAAAUCAUGCGAAAAAUAGUACUUUUGGAAAUUUUUCCUCAAAAAACGAAAUUUUUUUUUCUCUGAGUAAAUCGCCCCUCAACUGUUGGUUGAAAAAGGAAAAAUGGGGGAAUAUGGACCUUCUUCAAGCGUCAAUAUCUCGAGCUUGGCUGAAUGAAAAUAAAAAAAAUUUCAUACCUUCACGGUAUUUUUUCAAACUUUGAAAUGAGACUAAAUGCCCCCGAAUCCUGUCGAAGUUUCAAGAAGACCCAUUUUGCCCAAACUCCCCUGAUAGCAUAUGAUCGUGGACGGAGGUUCUUGCGCCUUUCGAAAUAGAAGAAAUAAAAGGAACACAAUAAUAAAGAAUCGUUGUUGCUUUACAUGUUUAUUCGCUUUAGGUAAUAUUAGUAAUGGUGACAGAGCGCCGCUGCAUCAAUUUAUUGCUGCCAAUCACUUUGUACGAAUACUUUGCAAAACACGUAUAAAAAUUAUAUGAAAGAUAAUCAUGGACUGGUGAAACGAUCGGUUUAUCCAAUAUACUUGGUUCGAGUAUAUUAUUUGUCUCGACAAAUUGAACAAUUUCAUCGCAAAAUAAUAACUCUCUUUAAUCAGUAUAUCACAUGAUUUUCCUCGUAUGAACAAUGGAAUAAUAUGCAUCAAUGUCUUCCUGUACUCACUGAAUAUUUCUCCCUCUCACGGUUCUUUUAUCGUAAAAUAUUCAUUUUCGUUUAUUCACGGUUUCUGGAUUUUUUUCCUUUUCCUCCACUCAGGCAGAUUACUUACCCAGUCUGGACUAUUUAAUUGUUUUUCACAUCUAGCAUUAUUGUUUAAAUGUUCACUUGGUAUUUUUCACUGAUUAAUAAUUAAUUAUUACUGGCAAUUAUGUGGGGAAAAGUGUCAACGUAUGAAAAUGAAUAAAUAAGGAAUGAUGAAUAAACGUGCAGAAGAAUAACGCACAUGAGUUUAAAUUGGUACGACGACGAGAUAAAAUAUUGACGGUUGCCUUCAGGCCUUCAUCCUAUUUUAGGCAUAGCAUAUUUUUCUAAUAUAUACCGCAAUAUCGGACUUGCGUGGCAAGAUCGCUAAAAACGAAAACAAAAAUAAAAAAAUCAGGAGAAAAAAAAUCGUAAAAUGAUGUGAAAAAAAAUAAUACGAUAAAAAAUACGAGUGCAACUAAAAAAAGUUAUGAGUGAAAUCAUUGACGAGGAGAGAAUGAAUGCGUGUGAAUGAAUAUGGAAAGAGGGACAAUGGUAAAAGUAUAUAGAAGAAAAAAAAACCGAUGAACACUAGUAACAAUAUUUAUGAGGAAUAAACAAUGGACAAAAAAAACAAAUCGAUGGAUUUAUCAGUCGUGCUUAUGCUCGGCUGAGAGGACUACAACAUAAGGACGUAACGAUGCUUGUAAUUAUUUGAAAAACAAAAUGAUAUUAGUACGUUUAAGCGAUUAAAUGAAAAUCAUAAAAAAACAACAAUUAACGAAAUUUCAUAUAUUACCGAUUGAAAUAUCCUUCGGGAAGGGAACGAGUGAAGUGAAGAAAAAAACUAACAGCUUUAGUGUCUAGGAUUUCUUUCGUAUUAGGUAAAUGAAUUUUUUAGACUAGUGUAUUUACAUUUAAAAUCCCUAGAGCUCUUUUCACUCUUCACACAUUCUUCGUCUUCACAAGGUUCUUCACGAUAAAGAAACAACAUUCGUAAUUAUAGUUGACUAUAUUUAUGUAUAUUUAAAGAGGAAAAGAGAGAAAGAAGAAAUAUAUAAAUCAAUUCACCCCAA